AUGGCGAAGAUCAACGUCGGCAUCUGCUGCAUGAAGAAGAAGUUGAAUUCAGAUUCCAUGGCCGAGCUACUCCAGAGGCUGCAGGCAACGGGCAAGUUCGUGAUCAUCCGCUUCAAGGAAAGCAUGAUUCUUCAUGAACCGGUCGAAAACUGGCCGGUGGUAUCUUGCCUUCUCGCCUUUGCCUCCACAGGUUUUCCAUUACCAAAGGCCAUCCAGUAUCAAAAGCUCCGAAAUCCCUGGCUCGUGAACGCGCUCGAGGAGCAAGAAAUCCUCACCGACCGAGUGCAGAUGUAUGCGCGUCUGUCAGAAUCAGCAAUCCCGUGCCCACCUCACAUGAUCAUAGAUCAUGGAUCGGCCACGCCAGGCGACCUUGUGCAAGACACAGACAGCAUCACGUGGCGAGGGCAGGUCUUGCCUAAGCCUUUCGUGGAGAAGCCCCAGGACGCGGACGAUCAUGCCGUCUGGAUCUACCACUCUUCCGGUCAAGGGGGUGGCGCGACCAAGUUGCACAGGAAGAAAGCCAACCAAUCCAGCAUCCGCGACUUCUCUCAGAGCCAGAUUCGAGAGAAUGGGAUGUUCGUGUAUGAGCCCUUCAUGGAGACGGGGGGCCUUGACAUCAAAGUCUAUGCCGUUGGCGAGUCCUACGUGCACGCCGAGGUUCGUAAAGCGCCGGGGGUGGAUGGGCGUGUUGAGCGCGACGGCAACGGCAAAGAGAUCCGACAAACCAUCGAGUUGACUCCGGAGGAGAAGAUCAUGUCCCGGAUGGUGGUCAAGGCCUUCAAGCAAAGCGUCUGCGGCUUCGACAUCUUGCGCACGACGGAUGGGCGGUCAUUGGUCUGUGAUGUGAAUGGGUUCUCCUUUGUGAAGGGGAACAAGGACUACUUUGACAACGCAGCCGCCAGCUUGACAGCAAUGCUGGUGAGUACCGCAGCGAAUCCCCCCCGCACACCCUUGCCCCACAGGAUCCGCCAGAAAAGCUGGUUCAAGGCAAUCGGGCGCUUGUGUUCCUUGUGUCCUUGUUAA